CCAGCAGGCACUGAACUCAAUGAAACCUGUGUGCAGAUUAAAGUCACCAGAUAACUUACAAAGCACCUCCUUUGACAGUAGGAAACCAGAGUACUUGAUGAAAACCCAGCCUUUUAUAGGGAUGAAUGGCAAACAGAGAAACCCUGAUCCCUAAAUUUAACCUGGGGUCAGUGAGCCCUGAGUUUUGAUAUCUGCAGGUGAAGCAAGUAUGGAGAAGCUCAUCAGCAACCCGAGCACGUACAACCAGUCGACAGCGUCCGCCUCCACCUCCGUCUUCAACUCCAGCUGUCGCUUCGAUGAGGAGUUCAAAUACAUCCUGCUGCCGGUGUCCUACAGCCUGGUGUUCGUGGUCGGCUUCGUGCUCAACGCGGCGGCUCUGACGCUGUUCCUCAAGAUGCGUCCGUGGAACCCGAGCACGGUGUUCAUGUUCCACCUGGCCCUGUCGGACUUCCUGUACGUCCUCUCCCUGCCCACGCUCAUCUACUACUACGCCAACCGCAGCGACUGGCCCUUCGGCGUGGCUGCCUGCAAAAUCGUGCGCUUCCUCUUCUACGCCAACCUCUACUGCAGCAUCCUCUUCCUCACCUGCAUCAGCGUGCACCGCUACUUCGGGAUCUGCCACCCCAUCAAGGCGCUGACGCUGCUGAAGCCCCGCCACGCCCACCUGGCGUGCGGGAUGGUGUGGGGCGUGGUGACCGUGUGCCUCGUCCCCAACCUCGUCUUCGUCACCACGUCCAGCAGGGACAACGACACGCUCUGCCACGACACCACCCGCCAGGGGGCCUUCGGCCAGUACGUGACCUACAGCUCCGUGGUCAUGGUGCUUCUGUUCGGCGUCCCCUUCACGGUCAUCGUGGCGUGCUACUGCCUGAUGGCGCGGGCCCUGUGCCGGCCCAGGCAGGGCCUGUCCGGCAGCCGGCAGGCCGCCGCCGCCUCGCGCAAGAAGUCCAUCAAGCUCAUCAUCGUGGUGCUGGUGGUGUUCGCCGUGAGCUUCGUCCCGUUCCACGUCACGCGGACCCUCUACUACGCCUCCCGCCUGCUGGAGCUCGACUGCGAGUUCCUCAACAUCGUGAACUUCACCUACAAAAUCACGCGGCCGCUGGCGAGCGUCAACAGCUGCAUCGACCCCAUCCUGUACUUCCUGGCGGGGGAUCACUACCGCUCCAAGCUCAUGUCUGCUCUCACAGGGAGGAAGCCGAACACAAGCAGCCAAAUACCCGAUCAGCCGCGGACACAGCCGAACAACGGCAGCGACAUAACUCUGACGUUUAAGAAAUCAGCGCUCCAAUCUAGCGGAGAACUUGAACGAUAGUAUCAGUGGAGCAGUAUUUCUGCUCUGGAGUAAACUAACAUUUUCCAUGAGUAGUUUGGACAAUAAGCUGACUGAUCGUCUGGGUUUAUGUGGUGCUGUGUGGUCCGGUUUCCUUCCUCAAUGACCCCGAGGUCCCGAACACAAGACUUCGCUCAACAUGUAAAUACAAAGUAUGUCCGAGUUUACAGACUUCUUGUUUUUUUUUGAAAAAGUGUUUCUUUCCAAGAAAACGCCUCAUAUGAAUGACAGAUUUUCACACAAGGUCUCAGAUGGGUCAAAUUAAAGACGAUGCAGACGGGGAAACUUUGCCCUCUAAGAAAGUCUGAUUGAACACACACUGUUUCUAUCAAACUAAAUUAUAGCAAAGAAUCUGGGUUUUAUCUCAGAAAUGAGACAGAUGUGAGGCAAUCCUUCCUGUUUUAUCAGCAGUGUUUGUGUGUUUCUCAGAAACUGCAGCUGGACGUCGCGCAGCUCUGAGGGCCAGCUGUUUUUGUCCUUCAGCAUCAGCAGCUGUCUUUCUCUCAGCUCUGCAGGAAAAGCAGGGUGGCGGCUCCAGACUCUCUCUCUCUCUCUCUAUCAAAUCCACCCACA